UUUAGCGUACAACUCUAUUUUAUUAUUUAUUUCUUUUAAGCGAACAUAAGUGUUACACCCACUUUUACAACAAUAGAUUGUUCGUUUUUCUGCACUGAAUUGUGGGUAGUCUCUUGAAAGCGUGCAGCAUUCAAGUAAUUAAAAAAGAUCCGAACAUUUAAACAAUUAUCUAAUUAUUUAUUUGCUUGAAUCCCAAAGGAACAACUGAUCUGCUUUUAUUAAAUAUUAGUUACAUAUUUAUAUUUUUUUGUAUUUCGAUAUAUUGAAAUGAUUGCAUUUUCAAGCUUACUUUCAGACAGUCUAAUUCGUAGUUUUUAACGCCACGACUUUUAUCCAGAUACAUUGAACGCAACAGAAGAAGAUGGCUGCCCCCUGUAGAAGGAUGGCGAAUCGGUCCUUGUUACAGUUAUUGUGUUGUUCUGGCAGGACAUCGGUCCUGCACGUGGGAUGUCGUAAGUUUUCAAUCGGUCCUGUUUGCCGGGGGACUCAUGAGUCUAAAAUGGUAGCUGAAAAAGCGAGGUCUCCUUGGACUUUGACGGCGGCGGUGUGCUUGCAGAGGCUCCCGGUCAUUUCAGCGGACUGCAGUCCGAUAGAGCAGCAGUUCAAACACAUGAUGCAGCAGAUGGAGCUGGAGAAAAGCCUGCUGUCGGACCACGAGCUGCGGCUGUUGGAAUAUGCGGAGAAGAUGAGCCGUAAGCAGUCAGAGGACUAUGACUCGGAUGAGGAGGACAGCCAUGGUCCCCAGGAGAUCAUGUUGGCUCAGGACUUGGAAGACAUAUGGGAACAGAAGUUGAAAAGCUUCAAGCCAGCACCAAGAGUUACAGCUGAUGUAGAUAAGGACCUGACCUCUGCGGAGCGCUGCCUGGCUGAUUCGCUUGUUCUUCUAGCUGAGCAGCAGGUGGGUAGCGAGAAACUGUGGCUGCUGCCUCAGGCUCCCUGGAAGGAGGGAGAAACACUUCGACAGACUGCUGAGAGAGCCCUCGCCGCCCUGUCAGCUGCUGGUACCAAAGCAACUUUCCUCGGCAACGCCCCCUGCGGAGUGUAUAAGUACAAACUGCCCAAAGCCGCCCGAACGGAGAGCUUAAUUGGAACAAAGGUGUUCUUUUUUAAAGCCAUCCUGGCAGACAAUGCUCCGCCCAAAGCUCCAAACGCUCCUUUGCUAUGGGUGAAGAAGAAUGAACUACAACGGUAUCUGAAACCAGCGUACCUCAUGAAGGUCGACCGCUUCAUCCUCGAGCUGUGACUUCUCAAGUCACACCAGGGACUCGAUGAGCAAUAUUCAUGAGGCUUAGAAAGUUAACCUUUGUUGCUUUUCUGUCAUCUUGUAUCAUUAAGUAUCCUGCUACAUAAUAAAAUAUUCAUGUUUCA